CUUUGUAUGUAAUUAAGUGCCCUUCCAGGUGGAGUGAAUAACAAGGCCUGGACAUACAUGCUAAUUUGAUUAUCUCUAAACUGACAAUUGAUAUCUAAUCACCUGGAGAAAUAAUAAUUAAUGCAAAUUGUUUAUAAUCCAGUUUUAAGUUGGAAAGGAAUAAAGUUAGUUUGGGAGAAAAGUUUGAGUUGGAGAUGUCAUAAGUGAAUUAUUUGGACAUCUUGUUUUAUGGACAAUAACUUUUGUGUGUGCAUUCAACAGUCUGCAAAGUAUUAACUGUAUCAAGUUUUUAAUUGACUAGUUCCAGAUUCGCUUACAAGGUUUUAAAUAAGGUUUAAAAACUGUCACAAAACAAAAGUACAAACCAUAAAGAACCAUUGAAAACCUUAAAAGGUUGCAGUUUUAAUUUCAUUGCUGUGGAAUUGAUUAACAGUGAUAAAAGUUUUUACAAGUGACAUUUAACUUCAAAUAAACAUUUUCUAUGUGGUGAUGUGAAGACCAGGGAACUAGCUUGACGGCAGAAUCAAGAUCGUUGGCUUUGAUAAUUAAAGAUUUUUACCUGGGGACAAUAGAUUCUAUUUAUCAACGGAGUGUUUGGCACAGGCAUUCCUUGUUUAAAUUGAAAGAAGUUCCAUUGUCGUAUAGGUGCUAUAGACUAAGUGCAUAAAGUGGUAAAUUGUUUAUUGGCCAAACAGCAAUUCUCUACCUGAGGAAUCAGGCAACAAACUUCUCCGAUUUCUAUAAAUAACAUGCUCAGGUAGAGCCAGCCCUCACGGCACCUAUUCAUAAAUUGUCAUUACUUUCUGAGACACUUUAUAAUACACCUGGAACACAGCAUCUAUUGGUUGACAAGUUUUUACCUGAUAUCGGAAUCACGUUUUAAGGGGAUCGGCAAAUAAGACAUAGGUUCCAUAUUGAUGACUUAUGUUUAGCAGACGACAGUCUCAUUGUUACCUGUGACUGAGAAACUUUAAAAAACUUUUCAUACUAUGGAUAUCCAGUGUGAUAACUGCAAGACAUGUCAGAAGAUUCCACUAAAACAGAGGAUGAUGGGAAUGAUCUAAACAAUCACAAAGGACGAAGUCGACUUUGUAAACAGUGCAAGUUUCGUUGUACCGAUCCAAAGGAAUUUCUGGAUCAUCAGAAGUUCGCACAUUCUCAGGACACCGAUCCAGACUUAAUACGCUCAUUGGGAGGAAGGAGACGAAAAAGUCAACCAACGAAAAGAGCAGAAUCUAGAUCAUCUACUGAUCAGGUUCCUGAACAAAACUCAUUACCCACAAGUGAACAAUCUAAAAAAUCAAUAGAUAUUUCUAAUAAAUUAGAUACAUCAAUAACGGACAAAACUGAACAAAACAUAAUGGGAGAUAACCCAGACCGUAUAGAAGAACCUAUGGGUGAUAUUGAAGACCUAGCACACAUGAAUGGUGAGAGGGACUUUGAUCAGCAUUCAAAUUUAAGUCAUGAAAUGGAAGAUGAUGAAGGUCGACUUAUUAUAGCCGAGGAUCGUGAGGACCAAUCACCAAGUGGCAUCAAAACACCCACACGUAGUGGCAACAUUCAGAAUCGUACUUACGUAUGUGGACAAUGUGAUUUCAGCUCUACAAGUGCAAAAACUUAUCUGCAUCAUCAAAAAGAUGGCCACAAUGCAGACAUAACUAUCUAUGAAUGUAACAUUUGUGAAUAUGCAACAAAAUACAAGCAGAAACUUCCACGUCAUCACAAACUGCACUUCUCUGGAAAAGAUAGCAGUCUUCUACUGAAUGGCUCAGAUCUCGAUAGCAGUUUUUCAGAAAAAGAUAAUAAAAGUACCGCUGGAAGUGACAUAAUUAGAAUGAAUGUUCCAAUGCACGAUGAUGAGGAAGACGAGGUAGAGGAGGAGGAGGAGGAAGAGGAAACUCCCAUUACUACUGUCAUACCAGAGGCUCCAGAGGGAGAAAAGAAAAAGAGAAAAACAAGACAAGAGGUUGAUCCUGGAAAGUACUUUGAAGUCUUUGAUGAAACUGGAAUCAAAUAUGCCUGUUCUAAAUGUGGCAAUGUUUACAAAUGGCGAAAAUCUUUGAACAAACAUUGGAAAGAAAAACAUAUUGGUGAUCUUCCCGAUUCAAGUAAGCCUCCUCCAGGAUUAGCUAAGCUUAAUGCAGUCAGCAAUAUGAAAUAUCGUUAUCCCGUGCCACCGUCUGAGAGAAGUCGGUUGACAGCUAUGAAUCAUUCAACACCUCAUUCUGGAACAUCAACUCCAGUCAUGCAUGAAAAGAUGGAAGAUAUGUCAGUUUCACCUGUUGUCAUGCCCAGGUCUAUUGGACCAUUCAUCAGCAAUGCACCAACUUAUUAUCAACAGCAAAAAAUGCAACAACAUCCCAGGAUGAGUCCGGACCUUGGAUAUAACCAACAUAGUAGGAGCCUGCCUAGAGAAAGAUCUGGCAACAGAGAUGAGCAGCCCCUUGAUUUCUCCUUUCACAAAGAAAUGAAUUUAUCUAUGAAUAAGAGUAUGGAUUACAACAAGAACCGAGUAAGAUUAGAUCAGAUGGAUCAUGGGAUGUUUCAGAAGUAUCGUGGUAUUAAACAAGAACUCCAAUGGGGAGAUAAUCAAAAUGGAGAAGAUUUACAAAAAGAAGAAGCUAAAGAUGAGAACCCUGUACUUCAGUGCUCACGUUGUGGCUUCAUAGCUAAAACUUUAGUUGAUUAUAGCUCCCAUAUGACUCUACAUCUCAACAAGCGUGCAUUCAAAUGUGCUGAAUGCCAAGAACAUUUUAAUGGCGUUGAUGAUUUGAACAAACAUUUCGCUGAAAAUCAUCUUGAAAAAAUCCAAGAGCAUAAAGAAGCAAUUCAGAAAAUACCUCAUGGACUGCAACAGACAUAUCAUCUUCUCAAAAUGCCACUGAACAACAUAGCCUCUCAGGAAAUAUCAACAACAACAGAACCAAAAUAUCUGAAAUGUAACAUGUGUGAUUUCGUUGCAAAAUGGCCAGCUGAGCUUCAAAAACAUGCUGUAUCACAUUCUGAGGAACGACCCUUCAUUUGUAUGGUGUGUGGAUCUACAUAUAAAUGGAAAUGGGACUUAGUCAAACAUUUUGAAAAAAGUCAUAGCACACUUCAGAAUCCAUACAAGCGCCGUGAACAAAAUACACCAACUGCAUCAGCAAAGACCACACCAAGUACACCUCAGUCAACCCCAUCUCCAUAUGGAGGGAAUAGCAUGUAUGGUGGAUCUCUGCAGAUGUUGUCGACUGCUGCAGCUGCUUUGGUGGACAAGGAUCAAUUUGGUCACAAACGAUUUUCUAAUAGUUAUCUACAAGAAUCUAGCAGCAAGAAACGUAGAUUAUCUGACACUGAAUUAAGUUUACUGGAAGAUACAAAUAACAAUUUGUCUCGUGAUGGUUAUAUCACUGCUGGAUCAGUUGAAUAUCAAUCUAAUCGUGCUUCUUCAGAACCACCAAAGAACAAUGAUUUAUAUGGUAAAGGUGGCAUGGAGAGAUCGUCCUUUUCAACUUUGAAAGAAAUGGAAAAUUUGAUCCCAUCAUCAGAUGACUCUAACCAAUCAGGAAGAGAACAUUUCAUUAAGGUCAAAGAUGGUUUGACCAUGAAAGACGCUGAUGGAACUGAUAUUCUGUUACCGUACAAAUGUAGAUUAUGUGAAUAUCGAGCCAGAUGGCCAUCUGAAAUACAACAGCACAUGAAAAAUCAUUCUGAUGAGAAGCCUUAUCAUUGCCCUAGAUGCAGCUAUAAAAGUAAAUGGAAGUGGGAUGUCGUCAAACAUUUGAAACGUUGUGGAGGCGGAACCAUUAAAGAUGUUAUUGACACAACCAAAAUUAGAAAACUACCGCCACCAAAUGUAACUGUCAACACAGAGGGAGCAUUCCAUCAAGAUACACCUCAGCCAUUUAGACCACAUAGCGAUAUGCAAGAAAACAUGCAGCCAAGAUUUGUCUAUAAUGGAUUUAUGCAGAACAUGACUGAAAAUGAUCAGAAUGAGAAAGUUAUGACCUAUGAAUGCCUCGAAUGUCCUUUUGUUGGAAACAGCCCUGCUGAACUCAAACGUCACUCUGUCUUACAUUCCGAGAAUAAACCGUUCAGCUGCACCGUAUGUGGAUAUAGUUCAAGAUGGAAAUGUGAUCUUAAGAAACACAUGCGUACAUACGGACAUGAGAACUCUUUUAUGCCCCAGUCUGAGGAUUCAUCACCAAUGUAUUUGCAAGAUAAGUUUAAACUUGCACACAAAAAUCAUCAUGAAAACCAAAUGUCACAAAUGCAGCAGGAAGAUGAAAGACAGCUUUACAAGUGCGACCAGUGCCAAUAUGCCACGUACAAAAAAUUCAGCUAUCAGGCACAUUUGAAGAUGCAUGGUUCAGCCAACAUUCCACAGGAGACUAAUGACAAAUUUAAAUGCAAGCAAUGUCAUUUCAAAGCACCAGACUUGCCAUCAUUCCUUCAACAUAAGAAAACACAUUCCACAAAUUCUGUAGCUUCACCGGCGUCACAACAAAACGCUCCAUCACCAUCAUCACAACAGAAUGGAUCAUCAUUAAUCAGAAAUGAUGAUGAAAAUUCAUCAUCCAUGGACGUCUCUAGCCGAACACUUCAUAAACAUCGACGUAAACCAUCUCAACCCUCACAGCAAUUCAAGUGCUCAAAAUGCCACUUUACAUCAUUUUCAAAGUCUAGCAUCAUGAUGCAUGAAAGUACCCAUGAACCUGAAAAAAUGGAAGAGGAUAAUAAUGAAGGCCAAGAGGAUGAAUACGAUGAUUGUAAAAUAGUUGGAACAGACCAAGAGUACCAGCUUGAUGCAUCUGACAUGAACCAGUCCCAUAAUAAUAAACCACUCAAUUUCUCUGGUGCUUUAGAUCUAACUCGUUCAUCAACUCCAGUAUCUUCAGCACAACAGCAAAAGCCUACAGUGUCAAUCCAUCACCAUGCUGCUAGGACUGUCAACCAGCAACCAAUCAACCCAGCAUAUCCAUUCCAUUGUGAAUGGUGUCCAGCUAUGUUUCCAAACCUGGCGACUGUGUAUCAACAUGCAUCCCAGGUCCAUCCAAAUGAGUUGAAGGCACAAGAAACAAACGACAAACCACAGUCAUCUACUGGAAUGAGUCUGCCUACACGUCAGCCAGUACCAGUAUCAAAUGCCAACACUUUUGAGCAUCCAAUAUCUAUGACACCAAAACAAGCGUUACCACAACUUCAGGCACAACUUCAACAGAAUCCUAUGUUUAACUUGUACAAAUAUCGUCCAAUUGAGCCAAAGCCAUCAUCUGCCUCAGUUCAUACAACUCCGUCAGUGGCCUCAAUGCCAUCCACAGUGUCUGCCUUGACACAGUCACUCCAUCAAAGACUUAAUGAUAGCCGUGCUCAAAACGCUGUCGCCAUGCAGCUCCAACAACAAGCAAUGGCCCGUGCUAAGAAAUCUACAAGUCCACAAAAGAGAGGGCGAUCAUUCCAAUGCACAAAAUGCUCGUUCACUGCUCCAAAUGCUGUAACUUACCUACGACAUAUUGAAAGACAUGGAAGCAACUGCCGUCAUACCUGCCGAUUCUGUGACUAUAGCAUUGAUAGGUUGAAUCUGUUGUAUCAGCACAUGAAAGGAACUCAUGGGGAUGUUUGGAGGGGUACACCAGAGGAGAAGAUCCGUCUCACACCAAGUGGGAAAGGAGAAGACAAGAGAUGGGGCAUAGAUUCAGAAAGUUUAAACAGCUCCUUUGAUGGAUCAGAUUAUGGACAAGAAAUGGACAUGCAAGAACAAUUGGAAGAAUCUGCAAACAGAGAAAUGAAAAUUUAUAGUACAAUGGCAAUUAAUGGACAAAAACCAGUACUGACUAUACGUGGAAUGGCAAACUGGAGAGGAAUUCCAAUACAACUCUGCAUGAUCAAUGGUCGUAAAAACUACAAAUGUCCAAGCUGUUCAUACGUUAGUAGUAAUGCCGCCAACACUGGAAACCAUGCUCGUCAACACAACUGUGGGAAGAAAUAUUGCUGUGAUGUAUGUAAUUAUGGCGCAGACAAUCUUAAACUCAUUUAUAACCAUAAAGAUAGCAUUCAUCCAACAGAGCCUAUCUUCGUAGAAAAAUAUGAAGACACGCCAUUUACCGAGUAUGAAGGUACCAUUGAUGAAAAUGGAUGUUCGAACAAGGGACCAAUGAUACUGCCAACAUGCACAAAAUGUCCGUUCAAAUGUAAAACUAUCAAGAAACUUCAACAACAUAUCAUGUUACAUGGAAGUGGUGAGAAACACAAGUGUGAAUAUUGUGAUUUCCAUGUUGGAACAAUCGAAGAACUGUUACAGCAUCUUGUUGUACACCGUGAGCCAUAUGAACCAAAGUUAGAGUCCUCUGAUGACGAGGAUAACGCAAGGUCGACAGAACAAAGUGACAGCCAGAUUGAACAACCAGUAUUGACUGAAGUAAGAAUGAACAAUAUAUUGAACAAACUAUCGAACAAUGCCGGACAAAUACGUUACAAAUGUUCACGUUGUGCUUUUACGGCCUACAGAAAGAGCAGCCUAUUUAAUCACUCUGAACUUCAUCUUAAGCACCCAAAUAUGGGAGAAAAAUUUGUACAGCGAAUGGGAAAUGACGAUUUUACUAAUGAACAAGCCGACAAGUAUUUCCAAACUUUAAUUAUUGAUCCCAAAGAUGAAAAAGGUCUUGAAAUCCUAAAAAAUGCAAACACAACAGAAUUUUCUGAUCAUGAAAUGGAAGAUGAGAAAGAGUUUAUGGAUGAAGGAGAAUAUAUGGAUGAUUUGGAAGGAGGAGAAUUUGUUGAUGAUGAAAUAGCUCACUUAGAACAAGAAGACUUAGAAGGCAAUUCGGCUAAGUUGAGGAGGAAACAUUUCAGUGGGGAGGAAUCAGAUGACAGUCUUGCAGAGAUGGAUCCUAUUGCUCUACAGCAACAAAUGUCAAUGAAUUUGUCUGGGAACAUAACUCAAAAAGUCCGUUACUCGUGCAAUCAGUGUCCAUAUCGAUGUAAUGCAUUACGAAGCUUCAAAUGUCAUAUACACAUGCAUGGUCUAAAUAAAAAGUACAUUUGUGAUUUCUGUAAUUGGAGUGCUGAUAGGUUAAACUUGUUGUAUCAGCAUCGUAAAGUUCAUCAGGCAGAGGUCGGAUUCAACGUUGCGCCUUCAGAUAUCGUUUUCCUUAACAGAGACUUUGCAUUAGAAAACAAUAAAAGUGUUAUAAAUGACUAUUCAGUUAAAAGUUCAUUGUUAGAGGAAAAACUGAACCGAAUAACUACUGCAAGAACAGCAGACGGGAAGAAAAUUUACAUUUGCAAACUUUGUCCGUUUAGCUGUAGCAGUAAGAACAGUUACACAUAUCAUAAAACCUUACACAAAAUUUCUGCGAGAUACACAUGUAACGAGUGUUCCUUCAGUGUGGAGCGAGUGAAUUUGUUAUCCCAGCAUAUGAAACUGCACAAACGUGAUGCUACUUGUUCACCAACUAGUGACAUAUAUGACAAUAAAAACAAUGAACCAUCAACUCCAGAAUUUGCUCCACAAGUAUAUUUCAAUGGACAAGGUUCAAUGGAAGACAGUGAUGUCAGCCAAGAAGAAGAGUACAAAGAGUUCAAAUGUGACCGUUGUCCAUUUAGCACACCUUCUAAAGAUGAGUUAGAUAAUCAUGAACAUCAGCAUAGCGAAAGAUCACAAAAUUCAUGUCCAUAUUGUGACUUUAGCUGCUUGAAAGAAGAGCAACUCGUUGAGCAUCUUCAGUGCCAUUUUCCAAGUACAAAAAUUGACAAUGAAACAUUUAAAUCCAUAAUCGAAAAGCAAGGAAAGAAUAGUGAAAAACCGCUAAAACCUGAAGUUCACUUGGUUAAGAAAUCCAAGAGUAAGGAAGAAGAGCAAGAAGGGGAACCAGAUUCUACCUCUGUUAGCGAAGGACAAGAUCGUAACACUGUAAAAGACCUGUCUUCAGAACCUAGUGACAAAAAAGUUACUGUUGAAAAAACUGUUACUAAAAUUUAUUGUUGUCAGUAUUGUGAUAGAGAAUUUGAAGGAAAAUCACUUCUGUUACUACAUGAAAAACAACAUUUAAUUGGUAACUGAUAAAAAUACGGUUUAAAUUUAAUAUUUUUACUUAAAAUACCAAUCUUUCUUUAUUACAAGGAAAAGUAAAAUUAUUUUGGUAUAUGGGAGAUAACUCUCAAUUUUUUUGUAAAAAACUUUAGUGCUUGGUGAAUAAAGGCCUUUCAGAUAUAUGCAUUAUAAUUCUUUAAUAUAUUAGUCCUGUUAAAUGAUCAAACUGAAACAAAAUAAUGUUAAAAGUGCAAUAAACUAUCAUUAGAACAAUUAUCAUUUUUAUAAGGCAUUUGUAUAUUACCGUAGUUGUAGUUUUUUAAGUUUUCAUUCAUUCAAUAAAUAUAAAGUGCAAUUUUAAAUCAUUCAUAUAUAAUUAGAUUUUUUCUUAGAAAUCCAUGUUUUUAUGUUAUAGAUAUAUACUUGAUUUAAUUUCUUUUUCAUUUUUCAUUGUAAAUAGAGAUACAGUCUAGUUUAAAUAUAUCCUUAGAAGUAGCAUUAUUUUAGCCUUACAUUCCAAAGUUGUUAGUUAACAAGGUUACAUUGAAAUUAAAGUGUUUAACUUAUUGAAUUUAUGCAUUUUAUAAUGUUGUUAAUUUUUUUUCAAGAAAAGAAGUUUAAUGAUUGGAUUGGCAAAAUGAAAAAAAGGAUUUUUUGUUUUAUUACUUUAAUAUUAUGUCUUCCAACAUUGUUGAUUUUUAUACAAUUAUCGAUGUUUAACUGUUGAAAAAUUCAGAGGAUUUUUAUAUUUAUAUAUUUUGCCAUUUUACACAAGCCCUCACAUUCCAGAGAACACAUAUUGUGAUACCAUUAAAUGUCUUCCCAUUAUAAAAUGAAUAUGCAAGUUCAGAAUAUUUUAAUAUUGUCAAAAUUUAUUAAAUAACAAAUUGAGUAAAUCUUUCCAACGAAAACUAACUUCCAUCAUUUUUGUAAAUAGUAGAAUCGUAGAGAUAAUGGCAAGGUUUCUAACAACGAAGUUUUUCUAGUUGUUGACAACAAAUCAUUUGUCUUCCAUUUUGUAUAUUGUUAUAUAUUUCUAUUGGCAUUCACAAGAAUGAGCCUUACACAAUUUGUAUAUACCAAUUUUUCAUGUUUUUAUAUUUAUUAUAUAUUAUAUACAUGUACCUUAUAUAUGAGAGAUUGAACAUAUGUUUGUGUUUUAAAUGUGCGAUUUUUUUUCAUUCCAUGUAUCUUUCACAUAUACCAAUUUUCAUUCAUUUAAGUGUGAAAAUAAUGGCAUGAAUGUUUUGUGUAUGGUCUAAAUGUUAUUCAAAACUGUGGGCUAUAUUUGUUUAUUUUAUCUUACAAAUGCAUAUGAAGAAACUUCUUUUUUUUUAAACUGACAAUGAAUACUGUUAUAUAUAGAAAGUGUAAAUUUGCUGCUUAUUUUGCUAAAUAAUGUUCAGAAAUAAUUUGAUAUAUUUUACCAAAUUUACUGUUUUUAUUUUGCUUAUAAUGAUUUAAAAUAUUUUGAAAAAAAAUCAGCAGUUUUCUGUAUAUUUGAUAUUUUGUUUAUAUUUUGAAGAACAAUGAAGACUGAAAUGAUUUGAUAUAUUGGGAAAAAAAUUAAACCAUUUUCUUUAUGUUGCCUUUUUUCAAGAAAACAACAAAAAGAUUAAUUUUAUAUUCCUUCUGUUUCCUUAUAUUGCAUUUGUAAGCUGGUGUUGAAAUACCUCUAAGUAAUGUACAUAGUUAGUCUUUAUAAUCUUACUAUACUGGGCAGAAGGCCUUGGUCACUGAUGAUAUGGUGCUAUGUUACAUAGAAACUGCCUGUAAUAUCACUGCUGGGACAAUGUUGUAUGUUACACAGUCUAAGGGAGAUAACUCUGAAUUAAAUUACAUAUUUUUGAAAUUCCUAUCGUAAGUCAUUUAUCAUUUUAAAUAUGUCAUUGCGAAGAUGUUUUUAAUUAAUUUACAUUUUGCUAUAAUCAGAAAUAAUAGAAUUUGAUUAAAAAGUAAACAUGGUAUGAAUUUAUUCAUAGUAAAAAAUGAAAUUGUUUUAGCUCAUAUUUUUCAUAAUUACACAAAUAAAAUAAAAAAAAAAAAUGAAAACUUAUUUUUUUUUUAUUGAAUUGUGUUCUUCAAUUGCAAUUUGAAUAACAUAUAGAUUAAGAUUGUGUAUCAUGCAACAUUUAGUGUAAAAUGCUUCUCAUAAAUUCAUUGAAGUUAGGUGCUAAAAUGUUAUUCAGUCAUGAGUUUUAUCGUAAGGGCAGUUGAUAAUGUUGCACUCGAUGUAAAAGUUGAUAAUAUCUUAGUUAUUUUGUAAAUGAGGCCACAUUAGUCUGUUAGAAGUAAAAAUCAGAGAAAAAUUAUCACUUAAUUCUCUGGAUUUUUGAUAAAAAUAAUAGGUAUUUUUUUUCGUACAGCAUUUAAUAUAAAGUUUAAGUGCUAGAAAUUGAUUAUUUGUUCUGUAUCUGCAUGAGUGGCCAUUUUUUUUUAACCAAUUGGAGUAAGCAAAAUUUUGUUUCUAAUUUUCCAAAGACUAUGCAUAAGAAGAGAUGUUGGAUUUUUUUUUUAUCUGCAAUAAUCUGGAAAAUAUUUUUGAUUGAAAAUAUUUUUUGUCAGUAAAAUAGUAAUGCAAGAAAAUCCAAAUUUGUCUGAAAUGUUGACCCUGACUUAAAGAAAGGAUAUACUUAUAUUCAAAUUAAAAGAUUAAUUUGUUUGAUUUAUGAAAGAUUACAAUAUUAAAAAUACUCACAUGAAAUGUUUUCAUGAAAGUACAAUCAGGUAUGAGUUGAUUUUAAUGUGCUUUUAAUGGAAAUAUAUUUUAUCCACAAUUACAUUCUAUAAACUGCAAACAUUACAAGUUUUGUAUAAAAUUGUGUUUUAAUUAUAUGUAUACUUUAACUUGGGGCAAAUGUAGCCAUAAUGGAGGUUUAUCAAUACUAUUAGAAAUGCUUAAAAAGUUAUAAUAAAAAUAAUUUACUUAAAAA